AUGCACUUAAAUAGCAAUGGCACAUUGCCUGAAGAAUGGAUAGCCAAUGGGCAAACAAGUCUUGGAAUGGUUGCAGAGAACCGUUGCGAAGCUUUGAAUGACCUCACACUAGGUGGACAUAUGACCUGGCCAAUAUCGGGCGGUGAAGGAGGCUUACCUCACCGACCUAGUGGUAGGAAGCAUUUGCGAACCGAUUGCAACGCAAAUGAAGGUCUGAGUGUCGGUGACGUGAAUCGACGUGAACGCACGUCCUUCGCACCGGAUAGGCAACUCGGGAGUUGGGCUUGCAGUACCGGGGCACGGAUUAAGGGAAACUGCCUGUCUACCGUCCAAACAGAUACCGUCUACGAGCAGAUGGGGCUGGGGAUGGGGGAUGUUUUAGUGGUUGGUAGCUCAUGGCUGAGCAUUGUGGUCUGCAAGGAAACAUCUGCAGAGGACAAUCUGUUCCACUGGUUUCUCGUGUAUAGUUUUGAGGUCGAUGAGUCUUUCAAUUGA